AUGAACAAGAUAAGGGCGCAGAACGAGACCCAACAACGGCAGGUGGCCGCGAUGGAGUCAACCUUUGCGCGCAUUCGCCAGGCAACGGGGGUAAACACCUUGGAGGAGAUGGUCCUGAAGCUGGCCAACCAGAGCACGAACCACGCUACCCUGGAGGAAGAAAAGCGGGAAGCCGAGAGCAAGCUCGCGAGGGCGAAGGAGGCGAGGCAGAGCGAGGACACCCGGUUCUCGUACAUGAAGGCCAGCGGUGUGGGGAACACCGAGCUGAACCGGGACAUCAGCGACAAGCUCAACAACGACAUAAAGGAAUACAGAGUGGAGGCAAAGAUGAAGAAGGCGGCCCACGAGCGCCUGCAGAACACCCUGACGGGUGUCAAGCAGGGCGCGGUGAGCCUGUGGCAGAGGCUCCAGCCCUACUCCUUCCUCCUCGACGCGGUCGACAGCGCCCAGCUGCAGCGGAUGAAGGAGCAGACCGACGCCGAGGUGCAGCGGGAUACCGUCAAGGCCCUCGGGCUCAGCGAGACCCUACUCAGCAUCAUGCUGGAGGUGGUCUCGGGCACCCACGACGCGAGCACCGCCCGUUUCACGAGCGCGGGGGGGGGCGGGGGCAGCGGCGCCGCCGGCGUGAGCGCCGGAGGGAACGGGCAGGGAGACGCCGAGGACAGCAGCGACAUGGGAUCCGCAGGAAACGGCCCGGAUAGCACCUGCGCCAGCACCGAAGAGGUGCCGUCCAUGCGCAACAACAUCCGGGUGCGAAGCAUUGCCCACCGCGUGCGCGCGGAGCGGUUACUCGAGAACAGCGACGACAACGACGGUGCCAGAUGGACCAGUCCAGGUCUUGGUGGCCGUGGGGGAGCGGGUGGGAGUGGGGAGGGCGGCGGGAUGGGCGUGGACGCCGGCCUGGAGAGCGACGAUGAGCAGGCGAUGGAGGACAUCGUGCCCAGCCGAACGUUCCUCAAGCUGUGCAGCAGCCGGCAGCACACGGAAACGCUCCGCAAGAUCGAGAGCGACGAGCGGAAGAAGAAGCUGGCGGAGCGGAUGGAGACGGCCGAUGAGACGGAGAAAGCCACCCUCACGUCCAAGCUCGCCAGAAAGAGGCAGCAGGACUUGGCCAUGGUGAGAGAAACGGGCCUCGGUGGCCAAGCAAAAAGGUGCCAAAGUUUACAUCUAGCAGGGAGGAAAGUGCUGAUAAUGUGGUCAACGUGCCAACACGUUGACCUGUAG